UUCACGAGUUUUUAAUUAUGAAAGACUUUAUGAGUGGUAUAAAUGGAAUAAUUGGAUCAGAUUUCUUUUUGAAACACAAUGCUUGCAUCGAUUAUGAAAAAUUUACAUUUUCGAUUAAUUUGGAAGGACAAAAAGUUAUUAUUCCGUUAAGGUGGGUCUUAGCGGUCCGUACCGUGGUUCAACUCGGCUCGGCGAAGCGUGGCUUCGCGCCGCGCUGUUCCGAAGCAUCGUCUUAGCCGAUUCUUGCCUUGCUUGACUUUUGUCGACGCAGCACGGUUUGCGCUAACCGAAAAAUCGCCGGUUCGUGUUUUAUUGUCAGUGCAGUACGGUUUUAACGGUUGAAGAGAAACAUUGUUCACAAAUGGAGGCCCAGACUAAGGAAUUUUUUUUCCGGAGAAGAAGAAUUUUAUGUCUUAAUUAUUUAUAUUGGAAAGCAAUAAUAAGACGACGCGAGACGAAAGCGAUUAUUAGGAAAAGGAGUAGAGAAGGAGCAUUUCACAAUUUAACGGUGGAGAUGCGAUUGAGUGAUCCAGAGUCCUUUUUCAAUUUUUAUCGUAUGUCUCCUUCUUUAUUUGAUAAGUUGUUAGGAUAUAUCUAUAAUGAUAUAAAGAAGGAAGAUGUCCAUAACGCAAUAAAACCCUCAGAAAGGUUAGCGUUGACGUUAAGAUAUUUGGCUACCGGUGAUAGUAUGGUGUCAUUGACCUACUUAUUUCGAAUAGGAAAAAGCACUGUCCCAUACAUUAUAAUGGAAGUGUGCACGGCCAUAUGGAAGCGAUUAUCAAACAUGGUAAUAAAACCAUUGACAAAGGACAAUUUCCGAGAAAUUGCAAAGGAUUUUGAAGAAAAGUGGAACUUUCCCCACUGCAUUGGGGCUCUUGAUGGCAAACAUGUAUUAAUACAGGCUUUUCCGAAUAGUGGUUCUGAGAACUUUAAUUAUAAGGGAACUCAUAGUUUAGUUCUCUUAGCGCUAUGCGAUGCUAACUACAAUUUUACAGUUGUGGAUAUUGGAGCUUCAGGUCGUCAAAGUGAUGGUGGUAUUUUGAAAAAUUCAAAAUUUGGUAGUGCAUUGGCAACAAAUAUGUUGCCAAUUCCCCCAAAGGAAGUUCUGUCGGGUUGUACAACACCGAUGCCAUACGUAAUCGUAGCUGAUGAAGCAUUCCCACUUACGAAUUACCUAAUGAGAGCAUACCCUGGGAAAAGAGGACCGUUAGAACAUAAAAAGGAAAAUUUUAAUUUCCGAUUAUCACGGGCACGAAGGGUGAUUGAAAAUUGCUUUGGCAUUAUGUCAGCUCGGUUUAGAAUAUAUCGGAAACCAAUUUUAUGUAAUCGAGCAGGAGUUAUCAGUAUUAUUCAAGCAACGGUGUGUCUCCACAAUUAUUUAAAUAAAUAUUGUUCACGAAAUAUUUCGGGUAGAAAUAAUCGUGUGAAUGCUUAUAAGGAAAUUACACGAACUGGAAGUAACACAUAUUCCCGUUCAGCUGAAAACAUAAGAAAUGAGUUUGCGGAGUAUUUUUUAAAAUACCCGAUAGAACAUGUCGAAUAA